GAGAAGAGAUAUUUUUUUUGGGUAAUAUUUUGUGAUUUUUCGUGUGAAUGUUUAAAUAAAUUGUUUGGUACAACUCACGUCUUAUUUCUGGUUGUUGUGACACAACAGAAUUUUACUGGUGGCAGCGGCGGGAUAUAGUAAGAGUAGUUGAUUUAAGGUAGUCAGUGAUUGUAUAUGUAGUUUUUUAUCAGUUGUAAAUUAUGGCUUUUCUUAAUAAAGCGAAAAAAGUGGAUUUGAUAGAAUUGGCCGACGAAUUAGGUGAAUCUGUUCCACCUCAAGCAAAUGUUUGUGAAAUUAAAAAAAUAAUUCAAACUAGUAAACAUUAUGAGGUUGAGGAUGUAAAGAUGUGUUUGACUCGUAUAACGGAGGAGAGAAUUAGGCGAGAAGAACUUGAAAAACAAGAACGGCGAGAAGAACUUGAAAGACAAGAACGGCGAGAAGAACUUGAAAGACAAGAACGGCGAGAAGAACUUGAAAGACAAGAACGGCGAGAAGAACUUGAAAGACAAGAACGGCGAGAAGAACUUGAAAGACAAGAACGGCGAGAAGAACUUGAAAGACAAGAACGGCGAGAAGAACUUGAAAGACAAGAACGGCGAGAAGAACUUGAAAGACAAGAACGGCGAGAAGAACUUGAAAGACAAGAACGGCGAGAAGAACUUGAAAGACAAGAACGGCGAGAAGAACUUGAAAGACAAGAACGGCGAGAAGAACUUGAACGGCAACAUCAAUUGGAAUUGCGUAAACUCGAAUUAGAAGCAAAUUCUCAAAUUCAGCACCAAAACAGACCGGUAUCAGGUGAAACAAAUCAUAAAAUACAGAUUUUACAAAUAACACCAAAAUUUAAUGAAGGUAAAGAUGAAAUGUCGUUGUAUCUGAUAAAUUUUGAACGUCGAGCAGAAAUUGCACAAAUUCCUAAAGAUGAAUGGGUGCCUUACCUAUUGAGCGUAGUACCACCCGACAUUUCAAAUAUGUUGGCGAGAGAGUCUCCUAAUGAUGCCAAUAACUACGACUUUGUAAAAGAAUUGAUUCUUAAGCAAUAUAAGCUUAAUGCAGAGGAACUCAAACAAAAUUUUUAUCGACAUUUUAAAUCACCUGAAAAAUCUUGGCGAAAUUUUGCACAAGAAUUAAAUUGCUAUUUUAGCGAAUGAGUUUCUGAAGUAAAAAUUACCACUUUCGAUGACCUUAAGAGUUUGAUGGUUACCGAGCAAAUGAAACGUCAUGUACCAAAUGACAUGAGAGAUCAUUUUCUUGAAGAUUGGAUGGAAUUGAAUUCUUUUUCCUAAUUAGCAGGAAAAUUGGACGACUAUGAAAGUUUAAAAAACAGUUUCAAGGAAAAGUCUGUGUCUUAUAAUCGAAGUAACCAAGAUAAUUCUUGGCGAUCUCUGAACCAAAGUGAUACCAGAACUGAAGAAAAGUUGACUUAGCAGAAAAAUAAUGUUAAAGAAAAUGUUCGUGAAAGAGAAUUUGAAAGAAGAAGACAGCUUAGAUGCUACAAAUGUGGUUCUUAUGAUCAUCUACGCCCUCAAUGUCCCAAGGCGAAAACAAAUUCAGAAACUGUGGCUUCGCUGCACGUUUCGGAACCAAGGUUUCCUGAUAUAAUGACACCAUAUACGAGCAUUGGCGUGGUAAAUGGCGUUGGCAUUUCAAUACUACGAGACACUGGCUCAACCUCGGAUUUAAUUCCUAGGAGAUUUGUAAAACCUGAAAUGUACACGGGUGAAUUUGUUUGGAUAAAAACUCCAAUACAGGAAGAAUCAUUUUGUUUUCCAUUAGCCGUAGUUGAAUUAAACUGUAAGUUAGGAAAAGUGGUUACUAAGGCAGCUGUAUUGGGUGAUUCACACAACUCACAUCUUAUUUCUGGUUGUUGUGACACAACAGCGCUCUACUGUCCUUCUUUCCUCUAAAAUGCUUCGUUUUGAGGAAAUUUGUUAUUUUCCCCUUUUUUAACAUUCAGUUUGAAAUCAGCCAAAAUAUCCUUGAAGGAUGUUGAGACCUGUUACUCUUGUAUUUAGUUGAAAUUGUCAGAAUUCUUAUAAAGAUUUUUCCGGAAAAAUUCCUUUUCUACUUCAAAAAAAAUUGUAAUAACGAGGUUUUGCAAAGAAACUCUUCGACAUAGGAAUUCAAAUUAAGGCUAGUUGGAUGUGUAAUGUGAUGGGUAAAAAUAUUUUUUUGACAUAGCAAGGUUUUCGAGAUAUUGAAGGCAUACUGUAAUUAUAUUUAACAAGAGAAAUGAAUUAUAUAAAUGCAAGUAAAAAAAAAGUCUAUUUCAAAAACAAUUCUUCAAAUCCUUUGCAAUAGACAUAUUUAGUUUUGGUCUUAAAAUUAUUAAUUCUUCCUUAAAGCAUAAGAUUCAAUGACCAUAAGUUGUCAACAGUUACAAAAUUAUUGUUCCUAUCUAUGAUUGUUCACAAAUAGACUCUAUUUGUAAGAAUGCCAGGUUUUUCAUGUUUAAGUGGGGUUUUCUCAAAAGAGAAGGCAGGGAUAAGUACCUAAUUUUAAAAAUGCUUAUAUUGAUAUUAAUACAGUCGGACUUCUAUUUGACGAACUU